CGGCACGGGAGAGGACACUCUCGUUUCGGGAUCCGUUGAGGUUGCACACGUUUUCACGAACAGAGCGCCGCCCGUAUACUGCGACGCGCUCUAUUCUACGUAGUUUUUCUUCGAUACCGUGUACACCGUGAUAGAGAGUUUCAUUUUUCGACGGGUAACCCGUUCCUAGCCUCUGUUUACUGUUAAAACGCACCCGUACACUAGACGGUUGAUGCGGUGCGGUAGUGUUGUGUAGUAUGUGACAGUACGUCGUAAGAGGAUACAGUGUUGCCAGAUCGUGGGCGCGAAUACACGGCAAGAGCGGUACACCUCGAUUCGCAAGAAUUUUCUUUGAAAAAUCGUGGGUGCAUCGGUGAAGAGUGAAGUCAUACGGUGUGUUUAGUUGGUUACGGUAAAUGGUAUGCGUUAGGUGGACAUUGUAAAUUCUCAAGUUUAUCGGUAAUACGCCAGUGACAUUUGGAGCGGUACUAUCGAUGAAAUAGAGUUGGCAACGUCGCAUCGACUGGUCUCGCACACAAAUACAGGGAUACACACGUACCUAGAAGGGAACUUGGGGUGGCUGGCUAGCAGGCAGGCAGGCAGGCGGCAGGCAAACAGGCAGGCAGGCAGCUUUCUUGUUCCGAGGACGGCGCUCCUGGUCGCGCCGUCUCUCUUUUCUACCUCCAUUGCGCUUGCUCUUCUCUCCCUUUUCUUCCCUGCCCUCCUCGUCCUCGGUCACUCAAUCACACUCUCCUUCUUUUGCUUAACCAUCUCUUUCUCUCUCACCCGUGUGCGGCGCACGUACCGUUGAGAACUUCUCCCUUCCCCUUUGAUACUCUUUCUCUACCGUUUUAUCCCUUCCCCUCCUAACCUCGAGCGGGUCGGGCGAGUCCACUAAGCUUGCGAGGGGAGUUCGGCAGACCUCGGCUCUAGUCGGCCUCGAUCCGCAGAAUGUGCUAGACGCUGUGACUCGAUUGCUCCAAUUUUCAAUUAAUCGUAUACAGAUUGGCUGUCCAGUGUUUACGAGGCUCGAAAACGUCUCACCGCGUUACUUUCGUGGAUUCACAAGUUUCCAGUGCCUGUAUCAACGUUACUUUUCACCAUCAGUUUGAGACGCACUCGACCAGCGUAUAUCCGUACGACGGCCAUGUUUGGUGUUUACGAGGUGAGGGGGAACUGCUGACGUCACGAGCCCCGAUCUUACACGAAGGGAGCAGCAGCACCAGCAGAAGCAGAAAACGUGUUGCCGGCCAACACGGACACCCGACUUCCAUUGAUUCCAACGAUUAUCAGAAAAAGGACUUAAUAAUACGCGUUCGAAUUUGAACCGUGGCUACUCGACGCGUAUACGUAAGCGUAAUUAUUGUGCAGUGAACACACGAGGAAGAAAUUCGCGGCGCGCAAACUGUGCCGCCUAAAAUUCCCUUCCCGAUGGGACGUGCGUGUACUCCGACUUCGCUCGUGUUCGCCGGUCUUGCCGCGACUACUGGCCUUUCAAAAAACAUUCGGCGCAUUGCCGCCUCGCCGCUGAAAUAGCAGCCACUCUAAUCAUCGUCGGUCGACACCGAUCAGUGCGGAAAACAUCGAGCGAUGCCGAGUGAUCUCGUAUACGAGACAACACGUGCCGCAUCUUCCUUUACAUGAUUCUAAUGAAAAAUGUUUAACACAUCCAGGAUGCGAUCGAAUUGAUCGCCCCAUUUUUUUUAAAUAGAAUAACACGUGCUCGUAAUUUCAUAUGCACUGUGUAACACCGUUCACAUGCCGAUACACCGCUGUUACGAAUUCAGUGAAAUCAGAGCUGCAUUCCUUUUGCCGAUACGACAUUCGUCACAGUUCCUUUCGUUCUGUUUACGUAUGUCAUCCAAAUCGAAUUAGAGCCCGAUUCGUGCCGAUAGCCAGUGUCGGUACAUAUGGUGUUACAUUACUCGGUGUGGUUUCUCAGUGACACACAUCACUAUCUCGUUGGAUAUAUUUACUCCUUUCAUACAAGUCUGUCCAGCAAGGAUUAAAAACAUCAUGGAUCUAGGUGACAGAGUUUAUGCUGCGGAACGGAUUAUGAAGAAGAGGGAAAAGCGGGGUAAGGUAGAAUACUUCGUGAAGUGGAAAGGAUGGAGUAAAAAAUAUAACACGUGGGAACCGGAAGAGAACAUUUUAGACGUUAGGUUAAUCGAAUUAUACGAGGAGAGUCAAAAAAAUGGCGAGGAUGUUAUUUCGGUGCCCAUAGUACCCCCGAGGAGACCCAGGCGGAGGGACACCAGAUACAGUGAACAAGUUCUAGAGAAUUUAGUGGUCGAAGAAGAGCCUGGCGGUGACGAGAGAGUCGGGGAAGAUAGUCAAGACGAGUCGACAACAGGUAGUACCUCGGCUCGUCGUCUGAAUCCCGUUGCACCUGACGAGGACACGCUUCCGAGUUCCCUCGAUGGACACGAAUCACCGACAGCUCCAGAAUUGUCCGCGUCCGCGUUCAGCGUCGACUCGGACAGUUCCAACAGCAGCGUGGACAGUCCUCUGUUGCCAAGGAGAGAACCGACGGGUACGAAGAGGAAAGCCGAGGUUCUCAGCAAGGAAUCAGGGAAAAUCGGUGUUACUAUCACUACCAGCAGUCCUAGCAGCGGUAGCGGAAGUCCUCCACCCAACAAAAUCCCUCGGUUGUUACCUCUGAAUAGCAGUCUAACGUCACCUUCUUGCCACAGCCACAAAGUUAACGGUAGGAGGCCGUCAUCGUCGAGCGUGAAAUCGACACCGGAGGAACCGCUACCAGCAGUCCCGACAACACCGGCUCCAGCUGUGCAAGAGAAAAAGCGUGCCGAAGCCGACGUCCCUCACGGUCCUCCGCCCUCGUUGCCUCGCGCGCCACCGACACCUCUGUCUCCUCAGAUAGACACACCUCUGGAACAGCCUGCUAAAAAGAGGCAACACUUGCCGGAACAAAAACAGGAGAAAUCCAACGGGGCUGUGACGUUAGACACGAACGGUCACAAGUCGCCCAGUCCCACAGACUCUUACACCAACAACAACAGGUUACCCACUGUUGUGAACGGACAUCAUAGUCAUAAUAAUAACAGUCAUAACAAUAACAACAACAAUAAUAAUACCAAUAAUAAUAACAACAAUAAUACCAAUAAUAAUAACACGCCUAGUGUGAAGCAAACGGAGAUCACAAAGUCCGACGUGUACGUCCCUCUCUCCAGCCCUGGCACGGACUACUGGCACGCGAGGAAUCCAGUCGCCGAUCAGGUGUUCAUCACAGACGUCACGGUGAAUCUUAAAACCGUUACCAUCAGGGAGUGCAAGACUGAGAAAGGAUUCUUCCGGGAAAGGGAUCCUAAGAGCGAUAUCUAUUAAUCGACCUUCUGAUAAGGGACGUUCUAAUAUGUGAAUUCUAAUAUCGAGAAAAAAAAGAACCCACAAUUUUUGUAUAUAUAAAUUAUUUUCACACGUUCAGUGUUAAGUCGAGCAUGUAUUGACGGUAUCGAAGAUAUAUGGAAAUCCGUUUCUUAAGGGACGAUUAGAUUGCGACGGAUCGAACGAUGUAAUAAUUUACUGAAGGUUCUGGCAAUCGUACGCGUUCUGAAUUCGAAGUUCUAAGAACUUUUACAAAAUUCAUGUAUGGAGGUAAGAAGAAAUUAUACAUGGGUCAGUUUAACUUGUUAAACAGAUAGAUACGUGGUUAAACGAACGAUCAAAGAUAGUAAGACUAUCGUUGGUAACGAUACGUCGUCAAGUCACUGUCACACGUUGUGAUACACAUACACACACACAGUUUGUACAUUUUAAAAGCGCUUGAUAGACGUACACAAUUUUGUGCUAAGAGAAAGAUCUGAUACAACCUUUUUGAGAGUAAGUCAUUUUUCUCGAUAAUUGCAUUUCCGCUUCUAUUUAGAAAUUGUGCAAAAUGGAGGACACGGUGUGUAAAUUAGUUCAUUUGAAAUUUUACUAUGAUAAAAUAGUACACAGAUCUGGAAGAAGAAAAUAUUUUUCUAAUUCGUUUUUAGAAUAUCGGCGCGGCUUCGUAGAAGCUAAUUAAAAGGGAAAAAAGGAAAAAAAAGUUUUCAAGUAUAGAACGAAACUAAUAUACUAUCUCGACAACGUAUUUCUCAGCAUUAAUGAUAUUAUUAUAUUUACCGGUAAAUAUUUACUUUAUACGUUUUUUUUCCUGUUUUUUCUCUUUCUUUUUUUACUUAGAAUAAUAUCGUAUCACAAAAAGGUGUAUCAUUCGUUUCGUAGAUUUUAGAUUCGUUUAGAAAACACACAUUCAUGUUCGUUUAUUUCCGGUUGUUGUAGCAUCGCACAGUUCAAUGCACAGUUUAAUUAGAAGGAAUUAUGUAUAUUUGUUAUAAACAAUAUUGUACGCAAUGAUUUUUUUUAAUGCGUUCUAUAUUAUUGGUUUUCGUUGCAUAUCAAGUUCGUGUUGUUUAAUGAUGUUAACUGUUGCAUUUUCUUUUUUAUAAAUGCCGUCAAAUGUGUUUCUUCGUUUUCUUUUUAGGACUGAUUAAAAACACAUAGUGUUUUGCGCGCGAUUCAAUUCCAGAGGAACGCUUAUCCAUAUCCUGAGAUCAGCGUUCAUUAUCAUUUCUUUGAAUGAGUUUUAUUAACCGAAUAACAUGUUCCUAUCUUGAACGAUCAUGUUGUGUAGUAACAAUCGGGUACAACAAGUAAAUUUUAAUGUAAACGAACAUCGCAAACUCGAGCUUCGUUUUCCUUUAUUUUUUGUUUUUUAAUAUAUAUACAUAUAUAUAUAAUUUUAAAACGACUUCGCACCGUACCAGUUUCGCGUGUGCACCCUCUUUCAAGAACCAGUAAAUCCGUGAUAUAGUGAAAUAAUGUAAGCGUAAAACUUAAUGAAAAGAAACGCAUAUACGUUGCUUAUUUAUUGUAACUAAUAUAAAAAUUUUUAGGUUUUUA